CCACGUCACUUCUCCUUUCUCCCGGUUUCACUCCACCGGGAGCGUGCCGAGCCCUGCCCAGCACCCAUCCCAAAUCCCAAAAUCGAUCGCCGUCCACAUCCUCCCGCACGAUCAUCUCCUACCGGACCUCGCCGGAGCUUCGAACCCUCCGAUCGAUCCCCGGAAGCUCCGACCGGCGAUGUCGGCGGCGGGGAAGCUGCUGCAACCGCCACCGCAAUCGCCCUCGCCGACGUCCCUGGUCACCCUCCGCGGAUCCCUCCUCACCCUCGCCCUCCUGACCCUCAUCUCCUUCACCCUCGUCUCCCUCAAGUCCCUCCACUCCUCCCCAGUCACCCCCGUGAAGCUGAGCUCGUCCUUCGGCCACCAGGAGCUGUUGAUCGUCGGCGGCGGCGACGACGACGGCGAGGGGGAGGGGGAGGGCGAGGACGGGGGCGGGGGCGAGGGAGGCGACGAGGAUUUGUCCGAUGUCUACCACUUGCCCGACGUCUUCCGGUUGAACUACGCGGCGAUGGAGAGGGACUUCAGGGUGUUCGUAUACCCGGACGGGGAUCCCAACACGUUCUACCAGACGCCGAGGAAGCUCACCGGCAAGUACGCGAGCGAGGGCUAUUUCUUCCAGAACAUUAGGGAGGGUAGGUUCAGGACGGACGAUCCGGACGGGGCGCACUUGUUUUUCAUUCCGAUUUCGUGCCACAAGAUGCGAGGGAAGGGAACAUCUUAUGAGAAUAUGACCAUAAUAGUCCAGAACUAUGUGGAUAGUCUUAUUGCGAAGUAUCCAUACUGGAAUAGAACCCUGGGAGCAGAUCACUUCUUUGUGACUUGCCAUGAUGUUGGUGUGAGGGCGACGGAAGGAGUUCCUCUUCUUGUAAAGAAUUCAAUUAGAGUGGUUUGCUCUCCAAGCUAUGAUGUUGGGUUCAUUCCACACAAGGACGUUGCACUUCCCCAAGUUCUACAACCGUUCGCUCUUCCCGCUGGAGGAAAUGAUGUGGAGAAUAGGACAAGACUUGGUUUCUGGGCUGGUCAUCGCAACUCCAAAAUCAGAGUUAUACUGGCACGGGUCUGGGAGAAUGACACUGAACUUGAUAUUUCAAAUAACAGAAUAAGUAGGGCGACUGGACAUCUGGUGUAUCAAAAGAGAUUUUACCGGACUAAGUUCUGCAUAUGUCCAGGUGGUUCCCAGGUCAACAGUGCCCGAAUAACUGAUGCCAUCCAUUAUGGAUGUAUUCCUGUCAUUUUGUCCAAUUACUAUGAUCUGCCGUUCAAUGACAUUCUUGACUGGAGAAAAUUUUCGGUCAUACUCAAGGAGAGUGAAGUGUAUAAUCUUAAGCAAAUACUGAAGAAUAUAUCUGAUGCUGAGUUUCUGCAACUGCACGAGAAUUUAGUAAAGGUCCAGAAGCACUUCCAGUGGAAUUCACCACCAUUAAGAUAUGAUGCUUUCCACAUGGUCAUGUAUGAGCUCUGGUUGCGCCACCAUGUCAUCAAAUACUGAAAUGGUAAUGGUUGUUUUGACUACCUUUCGUCCAGAGUAUGACGGAUAUUAACUACAAAGCGUGUAAAUUUUCACCUUAUGAUUCUCACCUUCUUCCAUUGCUCCGGUGGAGCAAUCACUGAACAAAUACUGGGUAAUUGAAAAUUCUUUGGUUCACUAUAGUAUCGACUUGAUCUAGUCCCCUGUGCUCAUCUUUCGCUUUUCAAGUUCAUGGAAAAGGAAAAUCAAUUGUAGGAUACUUGUUGAUUGUCAUCGAUUUGUUUGGAGGUACAUUCUUUUAGAUGCUUGAAGAAAUUUGAUCCUGAUA